AGCAAUUGCAAUGUAUCAAGCAGAUUAGAGAAAUUUGUGGUUGUUUUGUUUCAAUAAAAUAAAUAAUUGUAUUGUAUAAAAAAGGGAAGAGAGUGUAUUUUAGCUUAGAUGUCUUCUCCUCCAGCACCAAGAAAGCCUCCUCGUGGCGUAAAAUACGGCAAAGAUGCGAGUGGAAGCGGUCUGUUGGUUGCUGUAAUUAAAACUCUGGAUGCAAGUGAAACAAAUGAGGAGCGACAGCAAGAGAAGCUAAAGAUUGAGAAAGAGUUCAAAAAGACCGACAUCAUAUUGAAUAAUUUGGUUGCAAAGCAUGCUGGUGAUUUAACUCAAGUGAUGCAAUUAUUCGGUCAAGUAUCAACGUCGAUAACAACGUCACGCGCCAAAAUUCGUACAGUCAAGGAGAAUCUAAUGACAUGCAAACAAUUAUUACGAUGUCGUCGCGAGGAAAUUCAAAAAUUGUACAAAGAUACAAUGCAACAGAAGUAUUCAUUGGAGAUGUUAGAACAAAUUGAUGAAUUACGUAAGGUGCCUUCAAAAGUGCAAUCAUACACAAAUAAACGUCAUUAUUUGCAUGCGACACAGGUGCUUGUCAAAGCGAUUGAUUUGAGCAAUGGUCGACUGCGCGAUGUGGAGGGUUUGAGUGAUUUGCGCACAGAUCUGAAGAAUCGAUCGAAUCAAUUGUAUUUGAAAAUGAUUGAUGAACUGAAACGCCAUUUAUAUCAAUUGUCAACAGCUGAAACGCUUUCGAAUUUUCAACGUCAAGCUUCGUCUAUAAGAAGAAGCGAUAAUAAUUUGGUGUCACCAUUUCAACGUAAUGUUAUGCGAAGAUCCACUGAACGUGCCGAAGCGAAUGCCAAAAUUCGUAAGGCACUGUUAGAAAUGGCGCAAGGCUUCGAUGUGGAAAAAACGGAAGUCAUUGAUAAUUCCGAAUUACUCGAUACGGAUCUUAGUCGAAGCUAUUUCAUUGGCAUAAUUGUCGAAUGCUUUGCCCUUUUGCGGAAAAUACCCGAAUCGCUAGAAGCACUUCGAACACAAAUUCAAACCGAGCUAUUGGCAAUUGUCACUCGAACAACACAACAUUUAUUUGCAAUUCUUGCUGCCGAAGGAAGCUUAAAUCAACAACCGCUCGAUGAUCAAACACAUCCAUUGCUUGAACUGCUCGGUUUGGUGCACAAACAGUUCAAAUUGGUCGCAAAUGCUCACACACUACUAUUGAAAAAUUAUCUCAAUGUGACGCAACGUCAUGGUGUCGUCGUUAAACCGUAUGAUAUUGCUGAUUAUUGGGGACAAGCCCAAGCGGUCAUGCAAUUACUUCUGACCGAUUAUUUAGAUAUUCAAAAUGUAACGGCGGACGAUCGAUCAAAUUCCACUUUUGCCGACCAAACAAAUAAUAUUAAUUCAUAUUUCAAUCGUCGUAAAAUCAAUUCGCGGAAAACACUUUUCAAAUUUGAUAAAACGUCACAAUUGGUGCACGAUGGCCCGAGAGAACAUCGACGCAACGCUUCAGACAUGUCGAAUGACGAAAUCUUGAACGCAAUGAGUGAAGAUCGAAAUAAAGGCACAAAGACACUAGUGUGCCAACCAGAUCCAGCGCUCAUUCGCAAGAUCUAUUUGCCAUUGCUGAGCUAUACGCAAGAAAUUGAAGAGACGAUCAAAUCGAAACCAUUCAAUGCAUUCAAUGACUUUUUAAACACUCACAUAAAAGAGAUAUUUCUAGCAAAAGGCCAUAAUCGUAAUUUACAAUUAACAAUUGAUUCGUUGGCAAAGAACCACGAUGCAUGGCGUGCAAUAAUUUCACCAGAAGAAAUGAAAAGCAUGGGUUUAACCAGGCCACUGUUGCAGAGCACAGUAUUAGUCGAACAAAAAAUUACGGAAACAAAGAGCCUCAUACAAGAUUUGCCAAAAUAUUCGGAUGAUUUAUUGAAAACGGUUUGUUCGUUGCUGAAAAUGUACCGUGAAACAUGUCAGGCUGCAUAUCGAGGAAUUGUCCAACCAGAAACAGAAGAUAAGCGAAUUUAUAGUGUUGCCUGGCUGAAAGAUGAGGAUAUAUCUCGGUUUUUAAAGACACUUCCAAAUUGGACCGAUUUAAAAUCGUCACGUUCAAAAGUAAUGUCAAAUGCCGACAAAAAAUUGAUAAAAGCCACGAAUUUGUAUAUGACAUCUGAAGAAGAAAGUCCAACGCAGGUGCAACAACGAAAUAUUCGUGAAGCCGAAAUGUUAACAAGUAAUUUGGGCGAGAGUUUUAUUUCGCACCAAGAAAUUCUCUCGGACAUAAGCGUUUUGAAAGAGUUGGCCAUUCUGCAAGAGAGCAUGGAAUGGUUCUCGCAUCGAAUAACUGAAUUUGCCAAUGAUUUGCGGAAGCCAAUCACCAAUCGAGUGUGUACGGAAUCAAAUAAUGACAUUGAUACUUCCAUUACUAUUAAAGAUGGAUCAAUAAAGGUGCUAACGAAUUUGGCACUGGAAUUUGAUGAUUUGGCCAAUACUUGUUUAUUGGUGUUGCAUUUAGAAGUGCGCGUGCAAUGCUUUCAUUACUUGAAAAGCAAUGAAAAGAAUACAAAAUUCAGCAAAUUGGCAAACGAUUCACUCGAACCCGACAGCAAAGUAUUGAAACUCACAAAGGUUCUGUCUGAUAUGGAUGAAGCACUAAAUUCAACUUUACAUCCACGAAAGACAAAGUAUAUUUUCGAAGGUUUAGCACAUUUGGCCGCUCGAAUUUUGAUAAUGGCUUCAAAUGCUAUGGAAACAAUUGAUCAAGCAAGUGUUCAACGAAUGUGCCGGAAUGCGAUUGCUCUGCAACAAACACUGAGUAGCAUAACAGCCACGCGAGAAAUUGCUCUCGAUAAUGCCAGAAAUUUCUAUGAAAUGCUUUACAUGGAUCCAGAGGAAAUUUUAGCGAAUAUAUUACAAAAGGGUGCCCAGUUCACUGAGAUGCAGUACUUGAAUGCAUUGCAAAUGUCGUGCAAGGCAAAGGGUAUCAAUGACUCCAAUACACUAGCCACAUAUCAAAAUCAGCUCUCUGACAUACUUGGUACAAAGCCUUCGCUUGGCGUCACUGUCUAAAUAAAAUACAAAUACUUAUCUGUCUA